ACUUUACAACUCUCAUCAUUCACCCCCAAAAGUUCUUCCCAAUAAUUAUCCAAUCUUGACACUCCCAUUUUCCCACUUUCUCAUCCAUGGAAACCGCCUCCGCCGCCCCGUCCCCAUCCCACAUCGCCGUCCUUCCCUCCCCCGGCAUGGGUCACCUUAUCCCCAUCGUUGAAUUCGCCAAGAAACUCCUCCAUCACCACCGUAUCUCCACCACUCUCAUCAUGCCCACUGAUGGCCCCCUCUCCAAUGCCCAAAAUACCCUCUUUUCCACCCUCCCCCCCGGCAUAGAUUACAUUCUCCUCCCCACCCUCAACUUCGACGACUUGCCGCCCGACGUCAAGAUCGAGACUCGUAUUUCGCUCACCGUUACUCGUUCCCUGCCGUCACUUCGUGACGCGGUUAAGUCCCUGCUCGAGAGGACGCCGCUCGCUGCUUUGGUGGUCGAUCUUUUCGGGACCGAUGGGUUUGAAGUCGCUCUUGAAUUCAAAAUCCCUCCUUAUAUUUUCUUCCCUUCCACCGCUAUGGCUCUGUCUCUGUUUCUAUACCUGCCCAAGCUGGACGAAACGGUGUCGUGUGAGUAUAGGGAGGUGGCUGAGAAGUUGCUGAUUCCGGGUUGUACUCCGAUCGACGGCCGGGAUUUGCUGGAUCCGCUUCAGGAUAGGAAGAAUGAUGCGUAUAAAUGGGUUCUUCAUCAUACAAAGAGGUACAGGAUGGCUGAAGGGAUAAUCUUGAAUAGCUUUAAAGAACUGGAGCCUGGUGCGAUUGAAGCUUUGCAAGAAAAGGAAGACAGAAAGCCAGUUGUUUAUCCCAUUGGGCCUUUGAUCCAAACGGGCCCAAAACCCGAGGUCGAUGAAUCGUGCGUUUGUCUGAAAUGGCUGGAUGAGCAGCCCAGAGGCUCGGUCUUGUAUGUCUCUUUCGGGAGUGGUGGGACUUUGUCUCAUGAUGAGAUGGUUGAGCUCGCAUUGGGGUUAGAAAUGAGUGAGCAGAGAUUUUUGUGGGUCGCUAGAUGUCCAAACGACACAACAGCCAAUGCAACAUAUUUUAAUAUUCAGAGUUCUAAUGACCCUCUGGCUUAUUUGCCAGAUGGGUUCUUGGAGAGGACCAAGGGAAGGGGGCUGGUGGUGCCCACAUGGGCCCCACAGGCUCAUAUACUCGGCCAUGAAUCAACGGGUGCAUUUCUAACACAUUGUGGAUGGAACUCGAUUCUAGAGAGCGUAGUGAAUGGAGUGCCGAUGAUAGCCUGGCCGUUGUAUGCUGAACAACGGAUGAACGCCCUGAUGCUUCAUGAGGACGUGCGAGUGGCCUUGAGGCCUAAAGCCGGAGAAAAUGGCUUUGUGGGACGAGAUGAAAUAGCGAAAACAGUGAAAGGUUUGGUGGAAGGGGAAGAAGGGAAGGAGAUUCGGAGUCGGAUGAGGGACCUUAAGGAUGCUGCUGCAAAAGUGCUUAGCGUAAAUGGUUCGUCCACAAAGAUACUAGCUGAAUUGGCAGGCAGAUGGAAGAGUAACACUUGCAUAUAACUUUAUCUUGUGUUGGCACUUGUUUUUGAUGUAAUUCUUGGAUGUAUCUAUGCUGAUGGAAUGAGUCCAUCAUCCCAAUAGUUGAGCGAAAAUAUCAAUCUCUCCUCAUAAUCAAAUCAUGUAACCCAAUAGCCAGUAUUGGAUCCGAUAAUAUUCCCCCUUAUUUUAGUUUAUUCUUUGUUAAAAAAAAAUUAUAAUAUUGUACAUGGAUCCAUAACGUGUAUGCAUGUUUCUCUCUUUUUACA